AAGCUACGUGAAGUUUAGAACGUAAGAUCAGCGGCGCUGCUUUUCGGUCACGCCGCAUGGAAAGUGAAUGUUAGUGAGUGAUAAAACCAGAUUUGCCAGCUUUUACAGCUUAUGAAUGGUUAACGAAGGUAUACAUUCACAAACCAUUGGCUGCAGAAAAAAAUAUGCUGAUUUGUACUGUGAUGUACUAGCUUUUUGAUAGCUUAAACGUAGGAUAGCCUACUCAACGAGGAUAUGUAUGGUGGUAGAGAAAACGUCUUCCCAGAUGACUUUGCUUGGGGAGCAGCAACGUCAGCUUAUCAGAUAGAGGGGGGUUGGAAUGCAGAUGAUAAGGGUCCAAGCAUUUGGGACACUUUCAGCCAUGGGAAAGGCAAGGUGUUUGAAGACCAAAACGGAGACGUGGCCUGUAACAGCUACAACCUAUGGGAGGAGGACCUGCGCUGUAUAAAGCAGUUAGGUCUGACACACUACCGUUUGUCACUGUCUUGGCCCCGUCUGCUCCCUGAUGGAACAACAAGACACAUCAACCAGAAAGGUGUGGAUUACUAUGACAAAGUAAUAAACGACUUGCUAGCCAGCAAAGUCACGCCCAUGGUUACCCUGUAUCACUUUGACCUGCCGCAAGCACUGCAGGAGCAGGGUGGGUGGCUGCGGGCGGGGAUCGCGGACGUCUUCGAGGCCUACGCCUCGUUCUGCUUCCGGGCCUUCGGGGACAGGGUGAAGCUGUGGCUGACGCUGAACGAGCCGUAUGUGUGCGCCAAGCUGGGCCACGAGGAUGGCCUGUUCGCCCCGGGGCACCGGGACCCGGGGGUCUCCGCGUACCUGGCGGGGCACAACAUGCUGCGGGCGCACGCCAGGGCCUGGCACGCCUACCACGCCCUCUUCAGACCCGAGCAGAAGGGAUCGGUGUCCCUGGCGCUCAACGCCGACUGGGCAGAGCCGCUGGAUCCGGGCAGCCCCCGGGACGUGGCUGCCACCGAGAGAUACAUGGCCUUCUCGUUAGGGUGGUUCGCCAGCCCCGUCUUCACCACUGGAGACUAUCCGGCCUGCAUGAGGUCCCAGAUAGAGGCCAGGAGCCUAGCGCAUGGCUUCCCAAAAAGCAGGUUGCCAGUUUUCGCGGAUGGGGAGCCGGAGGUUCUGGGCACAGCAGACUUUUUUGCUCUGAACUACUACACGUCCCGCAGGGUGAGAGCUGUGAGCUCUCCCUCCGGGACCCUGAGCUUUAAGGGCGAUCAGGAGGCGGAGGGAGUGGUGGACCCAUCCUGGCCAGUGUGUGGGCCCCCCUGGUUGGCUGUGGUUCCGGAUGGGUUGCGCAGGUUGCUGAAAUACGUUAAGGACACUUGCCAAGAUCCUGCCAUCUAUAUCACAGAGAAUGGCUUUGCUCAGGUUGGGGCUGUUGACCUGGAAGACUCCCAGCGAUCUCAGUUCUACCAGGACACCCUCCAGGAGGUCUCUAAAGCUGUCCGCGAAGAUGGAGUCGCCGUCAGGGGCUAUUUCGCCUGGUCCCUGCUGGAUAACUUUGAGUGGGCUGACGGAUUCAGCGUUCGCUUUGGCCUGUUUCACGUGGACUUCGCACAUCCAGAGCUGACACGUACAAUGUACCGCUCAGGGAGAGACUACGCCAGAAUCAUUAAGAGGAACUGCUCUCGGUCAACAAUGAAAAACUGAGUGCAGUCUGUCCUGGGAAAAAGGGCCAAUCACGAGCUUUCUUUUUUUGCAGCCAAGUCUGAACCUUUUCGGGUUCUUGUGUUGGGAAAAAUUUUCAAAUGCUGUCUUAAAAAUGGCAUACUCUAAAAAAGGAUUAAUAAUUUAUGUGUCAUUUUUAUUUUGUUAAGCCCUGCAGUUACCCUGGAAAUAUAACCAAUUUAAACACAGACUAUUCCGCUGUGCCGUAUAAUAUGCAAAAUGGCAAUUCAAAAAGUCAGUUGGGAGAAAAUUAUUUCCUUUCCUCGCUUUGGGUAUUUUCCAAGUUAAGCAAGGAACGGUGUAAUGUUUAAUAGGAAGGGGUUCCCGGUUCCAAGCGAAUCUGUGUAAGGCCCACGUAUAGAGUGCUCCCAGCAGGGAGGACCUUCCAGCUGCAGUCCGUCCGCCACAGACUGCUGGUGUCGGUGGUGCAGAUGAGGGCUGCAGGAGAGUAACCUGAUAUCACAGGCAGAUCUCAGCCAGGCCGCGGGUAGCCCCUAUCGCUCACAUGAGGGUUUGUAAAUCCGAUUGGGCUCACGUUGAAUGGAAACACACAAUGCUAGUCAUUGUACCCUGGCCUACAAGCACAUCUUUACAUUCAUACCUCUGCAGAACCCAUUUAUUCCAUUCACCGUGGUGUGGGGGUGGAGUCUACUGCUAUGUGACUAAUAAAGAGGAAGCACUGACUACUAAUGCGC